CUGAGAGUGAGAGUGCGCCGGCGCAGCAGGAAUAAAAGGACAGCUGCUUUGCGCUCGCUGCCCACUUCCCACCACCACACCGCCAUCCACCAUCUCCCGUCCACCGUCCUCGCACACCAUGGCCGCCAUCCCCUGCCAGCCGAGCGCCGUGCUCAACAGCAAUCUCAUCUCGACGCCGCCGUCGCGGCCCGCCUCUCGCAAGGGCUCGCCGAAGCGCGUGCACUCGCACGCCGCCACGGGCUCGCCGCGCGCUCUCUCGCCGCCCGUGCAGCGUCCUCGUCGUGCUGCUCAGCAGGCACUCGGCACGCCGUCCAGCUCCUCGUCUCGCCCCGUGGCGCGCGCCCGCCUGCCGCUGCGCCUGCCGACAUAUCCGAUCGCCGUGCUCUCAUCUCCGUACGCCGACUUCACCGCACACCUCCGCGCACAUGGGCUUGCACACGAGGCGGCUGAGCUCGGCGGCUGCACGCCCGACUAUGUCAUGGCGCAGCUGCCCGCUUCUCUCCAUGCCGAGACGCUCAGCUUCGAGACGACGCUGCGCCAGCUGGCGGCCCUCGGCGGCGACGUGCCGCCGCACGUCGACUUUCCGCUCGAGAGCAGCGGCAGCAUCUCGCACCUCUUCGUCGUGCGCGCCAGCCUCGGCCCGGCGCCCAGCGCCGUCGACCAGAGCAUGCCGCCGCCGGCCAUGUCGGCGCGCGGCACCUCGACGCGCCCGCACGUCUCGCCGGCGCCUGCCGCUACGUCGCGCGGCCUGCUGCUGCCCGUGCACGGCCUCGUGUAUGCGCUCGACUGCGCCACGCUGCCGCCGCUGCCGCCGGCGCACGACGACCGCGGCCGCCUGCCCGUCGUGACGCUGCAUGUCCCCGCGCCCGCGACGUUCGGCACCGUGCACCGCUACGUCUACACGCGCGACGCCGCCGCGCUCCUCGCCGAGCUGCUGCCGCUGCGCUUCCUCUCGCGCAACCUCGCCGCCGGCGCCGGUGCUGCCGGUGGCGCCGAGCCGGCCGGUGCUGCGCUCACGGCGCCGCGUGCUCGCGAGCUGCUCGCCAGCCUGCCGACGGCCACGCUGCUCGCCCACGCGCGCACCGUGCACGCGGCAUGGGGCAAUGCCGGCGCCAUCGGCCUGCUCGACGCGCGCUACUGGGCCACGCUCUCGCGUGCCUGGGACCUUAUCGUCGGCGCCAUUGCCCUUCGCCGUGCGCGCCGCGUCGACGCCGAGCUGGCGCAGCGCAUGGACGCGCACGAGCUGUGAUGACGUCUCUUGCUCCCUGUGCGAUGUCUCUUGCUCCCUGAUCCCGUCUAAUAUCUCGCCUCGUGGUCGCCCGUCACUCCGCUCUGUCACCCAGCCCUGCCGAGCCGAGUCACCCAUCCGCCGAGUCACCGCGUCGCCGCGUUACCCUACCGCCACCUGUACUCUGUCACGAUCUCUGCUUCUCUUGAGCAACGACG